GGGGGGAAUCGGGGGGAGGAAGGGAGAUGCCGGCCCGCCGGGGAGUCCCACCCCGGGGAGGGGACUGCGGGUGCGGGGAAAGCAGCUGUCAGCGCCAGCCCCUCGGCCCCGCACCCCCUCUUUCCAUCACCCCCCUCCCUUGCCCGCAUCCCUUCUUAUACCUUCCUCUCUCCCAUAGUCCCUCCUCCAGCACCCCCCGGCCCCACGCCGCCUCCCCCCGGCGCACACAGGCGGCCGCGCUGCCAGCCCGGACCCCGCUUCCCCGCCGGGAGGUGCCCGGCCACUCCCUCCCGGCCCCGCCAGCACCGCCCGGGCCAAAGCGGCGUCGGGGGCUGCGGGCGGGGCGGGGGAACGGGAGCGCGACGAGCAGCAGAGGAGAAGGAGGAGGAAAGGUAAAAGAGGGCCGGGAGGAGAGGAAGCUGGGCUCCUCGGAGGGGUCCGCUGCUCGCGCAAACCCAGGUCGCUGUUCUAGGCGCGGGCGCGGCGUGAGCUACGGGCGCGCGCCGAAGCCGAGCUUCUCCACGCGCAGCUGCCCUGAUGGUGUGACACUUCUGCUACGCGGAGAUUUUCCGGUUUUGCUUUGCAACUCGUAUUCCUUCCACGGUGCUGUUUCACCGGGGAUAGUGCGCGCUCGCAGAAAUAAACCGCUCUGGUGACAAG